ACUAAUUUAAGUUUGUCCAAUAUGUCCAACAGUUUUCGCAUAAUACUGACGGGAGCCCCAGCAGCUGGAAAGGGUACUAUUUCAAAACUUAUUAUCAAAACUUUUGACUUCGUGCACAUAUCACCCGGAGACAUACUCCGACAGAAUAUACGUAGCAACACUAAAUUGGGCAAAGAAGCUAAAAAAUUUAUAGAUGAAGGAAAAUUAGUACCCGAUAAAGUUGUUUCUGAUAUACUUAAAAAACGGUUAUUAGAAUUGAAGCAAAAAUCCAUCAUACUGGAUGGUUACCCACGAACAUUAAAACAAGCCGAAACACUGAAAGAAUGGAUUUGUGUUGACGCUGUACUAAACUUGAUAGUUCCACAUGAAGAAAUUAUAAGACGAGCCAAAAAUCGUUGGAUACACUUACCUUCUGGUCGCGUCUAUAAUAUUGGUUUUAGUGAACCCAAAGUGCCUGGAAAAGAUGAUGUGACUGGUGAGGAUUUAGUACAACGCGACGAUGAUAAACCGGAAGUGUUAAAAAAACGUUUACAAAUUUAUGAUAAGAUAAUGAAUCCUGUUUUGAAUUUCUAUGCAAAACAGAAAUUACUGACACAUUUUGAACCGAAAUGUGAUGAAACUAUGUGGCAAAAAGUUGAAAAAUUUAUGAUGAAGUUAGUAUGUGGAAAGGACUAAUAGACUAAUUAGUGUUUUGGCAGAAA